AUGAAUCAAACAUGCGAUAAUUCCGGGGAGCAGAUCAAAAACAUUGUAAUGAACAAAAACUAUCCCGUACCCCUUUGUGUCAUGCUCGAGGAUCUCUGCAACUCACUUUUAAUCGGACAGGAGACAUAUUUGCGCAAUUUCAAAUCUGAUUUAGUGAUUCCAGUGUUCAUGAACAUUAUGGAAAAAGCCCUCGGAGAGGUAGCAAAUGGCGACGUCCUUGUGAUGUCCUUUCGCGCGGUUUCCUUGAUCAUGGAGUUCGUCCCCUCCUCAUAUAGUGUGGACGGGGAGAACCAUUUGUCUCUUCUCAAGCUCGCUGCGCAGGCAAUGCACCGCGCGCUCGGCGAUAAAUUGCCUUUUAGAAACUACAGCUCCGAUGUCCUUAUCGAGGAGUGCUUGCGCGUAAUUCGCUUUGUUGGGAAAGAUGAUCGUUGUGGGAUAACGUUAUCCGUUAUCAACGUCAAGGAUCUUCUCGAUAUAUGCGGAAAUGAGCAGGGUCUCCUUGCAAGGCAGGGUUUAGAAACCUUUCUAACGUUAUGCUCGAAAGUGAUCUUCCCAUCGGAGAUGAGCAAAAUUCGUGAUUCUUUUUUCUUCAAGCUUUUCCACACGGAUCAGAAGGUCGAGUCUUCAGGGCAAUCCCAUCUCAAAGCAAAGCCCCCACACAGUAAUCAUCCGCUUGUUGUGUGUGUGGAGAAUGUGAUCGGGCCUUUUUUGUUUGAAUUAAUUAAAAAAUUUAGUGUCCUCGAUUCCAAUCCGGAGGUGUGGAGUUUAUUUGAGAUCGCCUUGCAAUGCUUAGGGACACUAAUUAAACGCUCACUGUUUUGCUAUCGACCGAGCACGGCAAGAGCAAUCAGUUAUAAUGCCCUUCCUGCUCUCAUUUUUAAAGUGAUUUCUCAAAUUAAUCAAAACAUGAUUUUGGCAGCAAAUACGCGUAAUGAGCGGAUUUUAAUGUGUGAGACUUUUCUGAUAAUUCUAGCAAGUAGCAAUCGCAAGCCGUUGAUGGAUAAUCUCCUCGAACUCAAUAGCAUUGAUUUCUUUAGCUCCCUUUUCGAGCACACCGAAUUUAGCAUCACCACCUCUCUGGAGGAUCCUUUUAAGAAGGUGAGCGACGGUGGGCUGUACAACUCGCAAUGGUGUGAUAAAGAUAACAUUAUCACCAUCUCCGGCAUCUAUCUUUUUAUCGCUGCUCUUCCGCAAAUCCCUCUAGAGGCCUUUGGGCGAAAACCGAAAUUUCCUUUACCGGUUCAUCAUUGGAUGUGGGAGGAUGAGAUGCGUCAUUCAAAUCACAUUGGUGAGCUGUCCAGCAUGCUGUUGGAGCUGGAUUACUUUCGACUUUCCCGCAAUGCCUUCAUUACGAUCCACAUGAAGACCCUUCCUGUGGAUUUACACCAAAUGACGCUUUUUCGCCGAUCGGAUGCGAACUACCGCAAUAUCUUUCGCUGCUUUACCCCCUUUGUGUACCGUUACGUGAAGGAGAAGUCUCUACGACCGGUGUUGGAAAAGGUCAAGGAGGACGGUCCGAAGCCGACGGCGGGGCCCACUAAAAGCGUCUUUGACUCGCUUGAUUGCCUCAAAACCAAGAGAAGUUAUUUGGUGGGGGUCAAACGCCCCGGAAUCCUCAAGCUCAACGCCGAGUUUGACAAGGCCAACCCCAGCCUGGACUCCUUCGACAACACCGGCCUCCCGCAGAAGCUGGGAAGUCGGGAGGAGGCCCUGGUGGAGGGGCCGUUGACGGUCUCGGAGCGUUACUUCCUGCCCUUCUGUGCCUACGCUACGCAAGCCCCGGGGCGGAUGGCGAAGGAGCUCGCGGUGUGGGCCUGCGCGGCGAUGCUGCGGAUGAGCCUCCUCGCGGAGUCCACCCAUCCCCAACUGGAGCGGCUGCUGGACAACGCUCUUCUGCCCCUUUGUGAGAUGGCUCGCCGACUGUUUACAAAGGUCGGGAAGACCACCCUCGCGUUAAUGGUGGCGAUGGUGGAGUGGCUGCUCUCUCGGGAGGUGGCGGAUCCUUUGAGGGUUUCCAGGGCCGCCGUGCGGAGCGGACUCCUCGCGCAGCUCACGGCGCUGAGCGCUACGACCACGCCCACCAACGCGCACCCGCGGAAACGGUCGAAGGAGUCCCUGGAGAAACGCUGCGAGGCGCUGCAGGUGGAGAUUACGAUGCGGUUUAAACGAAACAGCUUCUUACACGUGGGCACUGAGCACUUUGAAAAGUCGCCAGGAAAAGAGUAUAUUUUGCAAAUGUCGAAUGCGAUAAUCCUUCAGCAGGCACUCCAUGCGAUCAAGGAAGUCCUGGUGUACUCCCCUGAUAGUUCCGAUUUAAUCAAUAAACCCAUUGAUGCAAGUGAUGACGCUAAACCUUUACCAUUGUUUGAAAGAAAAAUCAUAAAUAAUUUUUUCGUUGCGCUUCAAGCCUCUUCCCACUUGACUUCAUACGAGCUCCAAAAUCUAGACCUCGCGUCGGUUAUCCUGCAGUACCUUUUGAACAACAAAACAACAGAGGACCUCUUUGGGCAGAUGUUUGUCCAUCUUUCCGGGGCCUCAGGGUCGACUUUUUCGCCAUCCCUUACCGAGACCGAGAUGGAACUAUCCUCGGUUCUGAAUAAGCUACAGCUCCAGUGGGUGACUAUGAUGAAUUUCGAUACCGACCUCGCCCGUCUGCUUGACCUUCAGAGCCAUCAGCCGCGCGUUCGGUACUUUUUUGAGUGUGCGCGGCAAAUGCCGGGAGCCUCGGAACUGCUGAUUCGUUCUUUAGCGGAAUCCCUAAACCAAAAUAAUGAUCUCCCCCUGAUCGAGUCGGUGGCCAUUCCCGGUAAGGUCAGGCCUCGAACUCCGCUUUACGCGUUUGAGGCGCUGAAUAGCAUUUCACCGUGCGUUGUUUUAUGCUCAAAAUCCGGUAAGGUGGCUUCUCGGACCUCUGCUCCGGAAACACCCCUCCACGUAAAGCGAAAGAGCUAUCUUCAUACGGAAAAUCGCGUUUCGGGAUCGAACGAUCACCCUUCAGAGCCCCAACGACCGCAAUCGUUGCUUUCGAAGCCAGUCCAACAAUCAAGCGGCUUUACUCAUGAUGCCGGAGGUAACGCCACUUUUGAGCAGCCGAAAAUCGAAUCACGGGAAGUGGCAAUAGACACCAAAGAACCUCGAUCCCCUCUUUUUAAGAAAUCGAUGAAAAGCCCUCCUCACGAGCAAAAACGAGUUGGUCCUAUGCAUCAAAGGCCUCCUACCGAUAUUUUUAGUGAUUGGCAUAAUUAUAUUAUUAACAAAAUGCCCAUCAAGCCACGGCAUUCAUCUCCAGAAAAGUGUACUAAGGACCGUGUCCAUCUUUUCUCGUCUAUAGGUGAUAUCGAGCGCCUUUUUCGUCUCGGAACGACCUCAUCUAAGGGUUCACAAAAUGCACCAGGUCCUGUCACUUCCUUAAAUAUUGAAAGACUCAUCACUCGCGUGGAAUCCUUUUUAGAGCGCCAAAUUACUUCUACUCAAGCCACAGAAAAAGGAAAGGGUGGGGUUGAAGUAGCUCGAUUGCUCAAAUCGAAUCGUUUGCUCCUUCAGAAGGAGCUGGAAAAUGCAAUUUCGCUUCUUCAAACUUUGCGAAUUCCUCCUGUGGUGUGCGUGCCUUCUGAACCCACACCUGGGAAGCCUAAAGAGGAAUUUACCUCGCAUAGUACGUUGAAGCUAUCCGAAGAACAAGCUGCAAUUGCCUCGAAGCUGAUCUUACAAGCGAUCGAAGAGCGUUAUAUUCUCUAUCGUCCUUUCACCUGCGGCCCUUGCCCUUUGCAAUCCACGUUUUUGAGUCAUCUUUAUCAUCAAUGUGUGUUAAUGGGAAAUAAGGACGCACUUUUACAACUGGAGGAUGCGUUAUUAACUCUGGACCCAGAGGAAAAUAAGAGUGAGAAGAAGAUUUUGCAGUCCACACCAAUAGAAGGACAAGAAAGAGAUACAGACACCCCUUCUUUGUAUUUGGCAUCUAGGUCGUUUGCUCGGUUUUUACUUCCCCCUAAGAACUUUUCAAACUUCCAAAAUUCGCCCAAUACGAGCACGGAAGGAAAAAAAAACCCAGGAAGCCGCUGA